CUCUGUGGCACGCUCACUGCAGGUGAACCUGCUGAUCGACGAGGUCUCUGCCAGCAGGACUCGGAAUAUUUUUGUUUUUUCCCACAGGCGUUGUCUGGUGCAGACUUGAGCAGCGCUGCUCGAGCCAUGGAGGGAGUGUGUGCUGCAGUUUGCACGGCUUUUUCCGUGGCUUAUUCUGGGUACUUUCUCACCCACCUGGCACGUCACAUCACCCGUGCCUGGAGAGAAUCCGGUCUUUGGAGCCCAGCACCAACCUCGGAGGAUCCUCUGGCUGCGUGUCUUCCUGCAGAAGAGGCCAAAGAAGAGGAAGAUGCUCCCCAAACUGCGCCUGCUGCCACUGCAGGGCCUGAGCAUCCAGCAUCAAGCACAAGGGCAGCGUCAGCACCUGCUCUGGCUGCCUCUGUACCCGAGCAAGAGGCUGAAGAGGAGGAAGGUGCCAAUGAACCUGGCCCUGCUGUCAGCCCACAGCCAGAGCAAACAACACCAGUAAGUGCCUGCUUUGGAUAGCAGCGUCUUUGGUG